CGAUAACCACGACCCUUAACACACCCAGACUCAACCCCUUCAUUCACCCACCUACACAACCAUAUACCCCCUUCGUAUCUCUUCAAUUCGAAUAUCACCCUCAACUCGAUCGGAUAUCCACCUCGAAACCGCUUCCGCUCCAGCCUCUUACACCCAAUAACCGGGGGGUAGAGAAACCGCCCAACCUACAACUCUCACUCACUCACUCACUCACUCACCACCACCACCACAACCCCCUCCGAUAAACCAGCAUCAUGGCCGGAGGCGCAGCCAAAUACCGCCACCUGAGCCGCAAGUCGUCGCACCGACAAGCUCUCCUCCGCAACCUGGUCACCUCCCUCUUCACGCACGAGUCGAUCACCACCACAUGGGCCAAGGCCAAGGAAGCCCAACGACUGGCCGAGAAGCUGAUCACUCUGGGCAAGAAGAACACCGAAGCCAGCCGGAAGAGCGCCCUGGCUACGUUUUACACCCCCCACUCCAUCCUCCCCAAACUCUUCGGCCCCCUGCGGGAACGCUACGCCAACCGACCCGGCGGCUACACGCGGGUGCUGCGCGUGGAGCCCAAGAAGGACGACCAGGCGGAGAGCGCGAUCCUGGAGCUGGUCGACGGCCCCAAGGACAUGCGGUUCGCCCUGACGGCGCGGACCAUCGCGCGCCAGCGCGCCCAGGGCUUCGACACCCUCAACGAGAUCACCGCGCUGAAUGUCCGCAAGGUGACGCGGUUCCGGGACGGUGGGGUCGAGGCCCUCGAGGAUGAGGUGCAGAAGUUGAAGCUCGGGGGCCAUGGUGAGAAGACGGCCAGUAACAACGGUGAGGGCAAGGGCUUUGGCUGGAAGGGGCGGAAGGAGAAGGCCAAGAAGGCGCCUCUGGCUUAGAAAGAGAGAGAAAGGGACGGGGUUGGAUUUGAGAAAGGGG